CGCCCCCUCUGAGCUCCAAGUGCUGCAGCUGCUCGUAGCCUCAGAGCCAGAGAAUCAAAGGAGGAAUGCGGAGACUGCAGCCGGUGACCCAGGACCAUCAUGCCGCGCUGCUGUUCCCCCUGCCGGCUGCCUGUCACCCUGAUCCUCCUGCUCCUCUACCUCUGUUACCUGCUCCUGGGGGCCACAGUCUUCUGGGCCCUUGAGAGUGAAGCCGAGCAGAACCUGAGCCUCAACUUCCAGCACGAGAAGUGGGAGCUGCUGAGGAACCACACGUGUAUGGACAACCGGACCCUGGAGAAGUUCAUCAUGUAUAUUGUAGACACGCAUAAGAAGGGGUUAAUUCUUUUGGGUAAUGACACUAACCCGGAGACAUGGAACUUUCCUGGAUCCUUCUUCUUUUCUGUUACUGCCAUAACGACAAUCGGUUACGGGAACCUGAGCCCCAGCACUAUGGGGGGCCGCGUCUUCUGCGUCUUCUUUGCGCUGUUUGGGAUUCCAUUAAACCUAAUCCUGCUGAAGUGUAUCGGGGAGAGGAUGCUGAGCCUGGUGCAGAGAUACGCCGCCUUUCUGGGGAGGAAAAUCGGACGACAGAAAUCGGUGAAGUUCAUCUCCAGCGCGUGCGCCCUGGUGACUGGUCUUCUGCUGUUCUUCUUGCUGCCACCGAUCCUAUUCCGGGGGAUGGAGGGCUGGACAUAUGAGGAAGGCUUCUACUAUUCCUUCAUUACUCUCAGCACCAUUGGUUUUGGAGAUUAUGUCAUUGGACGGGUCCCCGGUAAGAAGUAUCCAGAUUGGUACCGGAACCUGGUGUCCCUGUGGAUCCUGUUCGGCAUGGCAUGGCUGGCCCUCGUCAUCACCCUGUGUACGAACCUCCUGGAGAACUCCAGAGACUUCUGCCUGUGCUGCAAAAAGAAAGAGGGCGAGAAAAAGGACCAGGAGCUCAUAGGCAUAACCCUCAACGGACACGCACCAUCACCCCUACAGGAGGCCGAGGACUCAGCAUCCACCUCCAGCAAAACCGAGUCACUGGAGUCAGACAGGAAAUGCGGAGAGUAAUGGACGUGGGCGCUAUGAGGUCAACCAUCAGCACGUAACACCCCUGAAAUCCUCUGUGCUGCUGGGGAACCUGCUCCUUCCACUAUGUAACUCUCAGUCUGUGAACUCCACAAGAUCAGCGCACUCCUCUCCUGAAAUCAUCUGUGCUGCUGGGACCCUGCCCUUUCCACUAGGUAACUCUCAGCCUGUGACCUUCCCCAAGCUCAGCACACUCCCCUUCUGAAAUCCUCUGUGCUGCUUCAGACCCUGCUCUUUUCACUAUGUAACUCUCAUCCUGUGACCUCCAGAAGUUCAGCACACUCCUCUCCUAAAAUCCUCUGUGCUGCUGGGGCGCUACUCUUUCCACUAUGUAACUCUGAUUAGUCUGUGACCUUCACAAGAUCAACUAACCCCCCUCCUGAAAUCAUCUGUGCUGCUUCAGACCCUGCUC